UAAGUGUUUGCUUUAAGGCCACGCAGGCACGGGGCCAUUGCAGGGAAGUCAAACCUGGAGUGCGACGCUUAGGAAGAAGGGGCCUGCGGAAAGCCCUGCCUUUGGCUUGGGCCUGGUCAGCAGGGGUUAUCUUUCAGCUUUGGGCUGUAAGGUCCAACCUGUAGUAAGAAUGGGAGAGAAUUUUUCCCUAUCCUUAAAGCGCAGGGCUGAAAAGCAGAGAGGGAAGGCCCAGCUUCUCAGAGUUCCUUUUCCAUCUCAAAAAUCCCACACCCACUGUUAAGGGAGCACAGGGGAGGGGCAACCCAGGACCUGACUAGGACAGGAGGCUCUCUAGAGCAAAGCCUUCCUUGUCACCGCCCCUCCUGGCUCAGGCUUGUCAGGUUUCCUGUUUUGAGGGGAAAAACCCAGCAAAACCUAAGAAGGCAAAAGAAAGGAAAGAGGAAAGAGCAGGCCUAAUGGGGCCUUCUUAUUGACCUGGGCACUAGUGCCUCUUUUCGCCUCUGAUCUGCACAUCCUCGUUCGGGCCCGUGCCCGCCGCUGGCGUUCGGGUGUGUGGGGGAGAGCGGGGCUGGCUGGCUGUGUGCGCCCAUUAAUCUGCCGGGCGGGCGGCGGGCAGGCGGGCUGGGGGCUGUUUGUAACUUUGCUGCCUCGGUCGCCGCGGUCCCCGGGGAGCGGGCUCCGGCGCUCGCUCCCAUUGGUCGCCGCUGCGUCAGCUGGUGCGAUUUGCUGCUGUCGCUUUUGGCGUUCGGCCAUCCAGAAACAAACCAGUUCGAUGACUACUAAUAGUUAUAGCCAGAUGUACUAAUACACAACAAAUCACAGUCCAGCAGAGGGGCGCGCAAAUGAGUUCCUAUUUUGUGAAUCCCACUUUCCCUGGGAGCCUGCCCAGCGGCCAGGACUCCUUCUUGGGCCAGCUGCCCCUCUACCCGGCCGGCUAUGACGCGCUGAGGCCCUUCCCGACCUCUUACGGGGCGUCGAGUCUUCCGGACAAGACGUACACCUCACCUUGUUUCUAUCAACAGUCCAACUCUGUCCUGGCCUGCAACCGGGCAUCCUACGAGUACGGGGCCUCAUGUUUCUAUUCUGAUAAGGACCUCAGUGGCGCCUCACCCUCGGGCAAUAACAAGCAGAGGGGCCCCGGGGAUUACCUGCACUUUUCUCCCGAGCAGCAGUACAAACCUGACAGCAGCAGCGUGCAGGGCAAAGCCCUCCACGAGGAAGGCACCGACCGGAAGUACACGAGCCCUGUUUAUCCCUGGAUGCAGCGGAUGAAUUCCUGUGCGGGUGCCGUGUAUGGAAGUCACGGGCGCAGAGGCCGCCAGACCUACACACGCUACCAGACGCUGGAGCUGGAGAAAGAAUUCCACUUCAACCGCUACCUGACUCGGAGGCGCCGCAUCGAGAUCGCCAACGCGCUCUGCCUCACCGAGCGCCAGAUCAAGAUCUGGUUCCAGAAUCGGCGCAUGAAGUGGAAAAAGGAAAAUAAACUCAUCAAUUCCACGCAGCCCAGCGGGGAAGACUCUGAGGCCAAGGCGGGCGAGUAGACUCCAGGGCAGGAACCAGGCCAGCCUUGUAGCCUCUAUCGGCUUUGCCCCCUGGUGUCCUUGCCUGCUCCCCAAGUUUUCUUCCAGCCUGCUUCUUCUGCAGCCUAGGGAAAUCCAAAGCUUUGCAAGCGUCUGCGCAUUUAUUUAUUACAGAAAACAAACAAACAGAACCCCCCCGCACAUCCAAUGUCAGCCGUGGGACAGACGCACUGUACAUACACACAGGUUCUUUCCCCAAGGCUGCCGGAGCCAGCUUGGGAGUCCCGGGGUGCACCUAGAAUUGACCCUGAAGCUGUGUUAGCGCCUUGGCGCCCCCUGAGCUACAAACGCGGGGUUGUUGGGGGAAGAAGGAGCCCCAAGCAGUGCCCCUUUUGGUGUCUUUGCUUUUCCGCCUUGGUCUCUCGCCAACAAAUCCUGAAGGGCAUCGCCAAAUCGGCUCUGGCUACUGGAAAGAAAGGGACUAAGAGCUGGGCCCCAGCCUCGUCCCGGCCUCUCAGGAUGCCCCUAAACAAGAAGCCGAAGGAACAAAGGGGGACUCCCCACUUUCUCGGCAAAACCAAGUCUCUCUGCCGG